CGUCUAUCGAUGUAAUUAUAAGACUCGUUUGACGAGAUGAGGUGAGUUGUCUUUUUGCAAUUCCUAUUUCUAGUGGUUAAUUCUUGUCAAGAGUUUUGGCAACAUUGGGAAAAUGUUUCUUGUCCGUCAUCGGCAAACAACUGCUACGAAUCAAAGAACUUUUCUCGCGUUGAAAUACUCAAUCAAUUCUUAUCCAUCGAGUGAGAAGAGGAAACGAUUGAUUUUGGUUUGAUGCAAUGUUUGGACGUUAAAAAUGUACGAGAGAUAACAUUUACAGAUUGUUUUCUGUCGGGGAUUGACUUUGGAAUAUUCACUUUCGCAUAUGAAAUCGAACACGUCGAGGUAUUAAACCCACCCUCGUAUAAAAGAAACUUCGAGAGCGCCUCGUUUAAUAACAUGACAUGUCUUCGAUCUGUCGAAAUACGAAACGUGAAGACGUCGGAACUUCUAAAUUUAACAUUUCGCGACGUUCCGUCGCUGACUUCAUUGAGAAUUAUACAAUAUAACUUCACUUUAUUUCCGAACAAACCUUUCCGAGAGUUAAUUAAUCUUUCCGAAUUAUACAUUGCUCUUGGUAAGUUAAAAGCUUUACCCGAAGAUGUAUUUUAAAAUCUUUACACUUUGGCGAAACUGGUCUUACGUCACAAUUACAUUGAAUCGAUUCAUCCACUUGUGUUUAGAAAUCUCUCCAAACUCGAAUAUUUGGAUUUAGGAUUUAAUCGAAUAAAGAAUUUACCAGGUGACAUGUUAAGAGGUCUUUCUAAUUUGAAGAAACUUUAUAUUUAUGAAAAUCGUAGAUUAUCAGAAAUUCCGUCUGGAAUCUUAAAAAAACUGCAAAAUUUGACUACAUUUUUUGCAUCGAGUUGUUCCUUUUCUUCACUCGAAGAAGAUGUAUUUUCUGACUUAAUUAAUUCGAAAACCGUUACUUUAAAAUCCAACAAAAUUGAACGUCUUCCGCCAAAUCUGCUGAGAAAUAAUAUACUGCUGACAGUAUUUUCCUGUUCGAAUAAUAAAAUAUCGACACUCCCAACAAGAAUAUUUCACGAACUUUCUGAACUGCGGUGGUUGUUCUUAAAAUUCAACCGGUUAGAAAAUCUUCCCGAAGAUGUCUUUCAGAAUUUGUCGUCAUUGCAAAGUCUCGAUUUAUCAGAAAAUCGCUUGACAUUUUUACACGAAAACAUUUUCUUCCCAUUGACUAAUUUAACGUUUCUCGAUCUAUCUAAGAACAAUUUAACUAAAAUUAUUGGCAAGCUUCCUUUUGGCAGAGGCAAACAUCUAAAUUAUCUCCGUUUAAAGAAUGUCGGUUUGACAGAAUGGCUAGUGAUAAAUUGGUCAGAAUACAACUUAACUUACGUCGAUUUCUCAAAUAAUCAUUUUGACACCGUCAAAUUGCCAAUUUACACACCAAAUCGAAUGCAAAUGAAUUUGUCUAACUGUAAAAUCAGAACAAUUUAUUUGGAUGAUUGGAAAUAUGGAUUUCGAAUGCCGAUUUAUUAUUUAAGUAAUAACGAAAUUACUUGUGACUACGAACAGCAGCAAUUCAUUUCUGUCUUUAAGUCAAAUACACAAUUAGCAAAGAAAAUGUUUCUAAAUAUAGAGAACACGAAAUUUUACGGAGAAGAAAGAAAUUUGCUCGAUAAUACAUCUUUCGUAAUCAUAGGAAAUUAUUGUCCGAUUAAUUUCGAUUGUUCAGCGCAACAAGAUCACGUGAUGGUCAAUUGUUCCGGAAAGGGAACAAUUGACCAUCAUGACCAAUCGACCAAAUUCCAGAAGUUCUCCUCCCGAAUGCGACGAGUGUCGAUAUGAGUAAUAAUUAUAUACAAGAGUGGUCAAAUGUCGAUUGUGUGACGUGGAGAAACGUCACCUAUCUGCGUCUGAGUAAUAAUUCAAUAAGUAACAUUUCUGAUUAUGUUAUUUUGUCAAACGUCAAGUUUUUGUGGUUGGACGGA